AUGGCAGCAUUCGCCCUAGGGAGUCAGUGGGCACCCCUCGAGAGACCACAUGGAUCGGCCAUCAGCCUCCAUCGUGAUAAUGAUGAUUUGGGUCGAGUCUUCUAUAACCAUGGAAAGUCUCUCAUUCCCGACAUCAUUGACAGGCCAUGUCUCCGAUCUAUCCAAGCACCCUUUUUGCUGGGUGUGUAUCUAAUGCCAGCUAGUGCGAUUGGAUCAUCAUACGUCUAUAUGGGGCUGGCACUGCGCAAAGCGCUAGCAUUUGAUCUUCAUAUUGACCAGGACGAUCAAGUGAUCAAUGACCGGGAGAGAGAGGUCCGACGUCGGUUGUGGUGGUCAAUAUAUUCUCUUGAAAGAUGCACCACUGUCAAGCUCAACAGGCCUCGUUCUGUCGGUAUCGACAAAUAUGACAAUGUUCAAUUUCAAAUGGCGUACACCCGUUUGAUCAGAAUACUGGAUCAGAUCGCCGAGCCUGGAGGGUCAUUAAAUGAAACAACAGAGCAGUCACGCGCUGAAAGUUGGGAAUCUGAUCUUAGGCAGUGGAAGAAAUCACUACCACCAGAUUUCAAGAUUGAUACCAUGCACCCGAAAGACUCCAGAUACCGCACAAUAUUUCACCUAUAUCUCAACUAUUACUAUGCAUGGAUCACAAUCGGUAAAGUAGCACUUGUGACCGUCGCCCGAACAAGCCCUCGCAGUCAUUUACAGCCAUGGUCAAAGCCGUCUGAAGCAAGUGACCUCAUUGUGAGGCAAUCCCGAUCCUGCGCAAAGGCAGCCAGAAAACUUCUCCUGUUAUUCGAAAAUCUCACGAGCACCGGCAAUAUCACUCGUUUCUCAUUCACGGACUUUCAAGGAUGCAGCAUCGCAACCAUUGUGACACUGGUGGCUGGGAUCAUGGAACGUGACUCGGGGUAUGAAGCCCGGGUUACAUUUGGUCUUGAUUGUCUCCGCAAGAUGGCCACUGGGAAUAUCACAGCUAAAAUGGGAGUGAAAUUUGUCGAGGCCGUGCAGUCUAUAACGAACGAGGCUGCGGCCAAAAUCCACCGAGCAUCAUCUAUUCAUACAGAAAGCACAGAGGAUGCUCAGAGCUCAGCUUCUGCAUCUGAGUACCAUCAAUGGGCGGCAUGGCACGCUGAGAUGGAACCUUCUCAGACAGAAGAACAAGGCGUUAUUCCCUACAGAGGCAUCGAGGUAGAACCCAAUGUGCCUUACUCAAACACACCUCUGUUGCAGUUAGGGCAGUCAAAUGUCCCGAAUACCUCUGGUUGGAAGACUCCAAAUGACCAAAAUUUUUCAGAAACUUCGCUCCUCCCUCAAGACCUCGCACAUGGAUCAACGAUGGCGUGGGGAAUACAGUCCACAGAUGAUGAUCACUUGUCGGCUCUGCAAAAUGAUGACCCAGCAUUCCUCAUGGGUCUGACUGGCACCAACAACAUCCAAAACAAUCUAGGCCAUAAGUCCUUUCACAACCCUCCUGUGGCUUUGUCCUCGCAAGCCUGGCCACCGCAAAUCAAAAGUGCUACGGCUCUCGGGAAUUCAAUCGCGGACCUAUCCGAAUACGAAUUGCCCGGCUGGAUCUACGUGGGUACGCCAACCGUCCCUCCCUUGCAGGCACUCAUGGCCAAUCCCUAUCCUGGUCCUCCUACUCUUCACGAGCCCGCAUCCGCCGUUGAGGAACUAGAUGACAUGGAGCCUGUCCUUACUUGUUCCGACCUUUGCGCCCAGCUGUCUAAAGCUGCUUCCACGGAGGGCAAUACCGUCGAUAUCACAACUGAUUCUUUCUUGACCACCAACCACCCGCUGUGGGCCCUGGAUACCUCUUCCAUUCCACUUGUAUAUUAA